GGAGCGGUGCUCCAAGGCGGAAGGCGGUCGGUCGCCGGUCGGUACGGGCACGCGGCGCCGCGGCGGCUCCCUGCUUGGCCGCUCCCCGCUCCCUCUCUCAGAUCCCAGUGCGUGGUUGAUCGGCAGGCAGGCAGCAGUACUCAGUUGCCUCUACGCGCAUCCGCGGCGCCCUACAUGAAAUGUUUGGCUAGGUCCGCCGUCCGCCACUGCCGCUAUUGUUGGCAGCUUGCCGAAUUCAAUUGUGCUCGCCAGCGGCUGUCUCUACCUCUACGCGCAGCCUGAGCUCGCCCGCGCCUGCCUCUUCCCUUACGCGCGACCGCCGAACGCUGCUGCACGUUUGCGUGAGCGUGUUCCCCCCAAUGCCCGAUCACGCUCGUCAGGUGCUUGACAGAAUGCCGUUUCAGUCCUAGCGCCGCUGCGCACGUCUGACAGAUGCAGGGGAACCUCGGUGUCCGAUCCAGAGCGUCGCUGCGGGUUCUCCUCCCGCGGCAGCUAACCGCGCGGGCAAGAUGGCUGCAGGGCAGCGGGCGGACAGUGGCCUCGGAGGAGGACGAGGCGGCGGUCCCGUACGUGGACGUGCCUCGCGCUGGUAGGAAGUGGGAGCGGAAGCCGUACGUGACGCCGAUGAAGGUGCUCAUCCGGCGGGCCAAGGAGGAGAGGCAGGCCCGCCGGGAGAACCCGUGCCGCGUGCUCGAGCACCCACCCGACAACGGCCUUGUUGUGCCGCACCUCGUCGACGUCGCCCGGCGCGUGCACGCCGCGAGGGAGGGGCUCCUCGGCGGCCUGACCAGGCUCGUGGAGGGCGCUGUCCCGGUGAAGCGAUGCAGGUUUUGCUCGGAGGUGCACGUCGGCCGCGUCGGCCACGAGAUCAGGACGUGCGAGGGGCGUAACAGUGGCGCGAGGAACUCCCUGCACGUGUGGCGGCCGGGGACCGUGCGGGAUGUCGUCGGCUUCCCCUACUGCUACCACCUGUUCGACCGCGUCGGGAAGCCCAGAGUCGUGCACAAGGAGAAGUACGACGUGCCGAGGCUCCCAGCGGUCCUGGAGCUCUGCAUCCAGGCCGGCGUCGAUGUCCAGCGCUACCCGACCAAGCGGCGCACCAGGCCAGUCUACUCCAUUGAAGGCAGGAUCGUGGACUUCGAGCCCGACGUCGACGACGACGAAGCAGCCAGGACGUUACAUGAACCGCCAGCGUGCAGACCAUCGCUGCCUCCAGCGGUGGCAAUCGCCGCGAUCGGAACUAGUUCUUCUUCUUCUGCUGCUGUUGUUAACGGAGAGGGGGAAGAGGCGGAGAUCACCGUGCCUGAGCUAGCGUCGAGGACACUGCAAUCGUGGCUGGACAUGAAAUCCGGCGCAGCGAAGCUGAUGAAGAAGUACAGCGUGCACACCUGCGGCUACUGCCCGGAGGUGCAGGUCGGUCCCAAGGGGCACAAGGUGCGGAUGUGCAGGGCCACCAAGCACCAGCAGCGGGACGGACAGCACGCAUGGCAGGAAGCCACGGUGGACGACCUGGUCCCGCCCAACUACGUGUGGCACGUCGCGGACCUUGCCGGCGAGGAAUCGCCUUUGGCCAACGAGCUCAAGCGGUACUACGGUAAGGCCCCCGCGGUGGUGGAGCUGUGCGUGCAGGCUGGCGCGCCCGUGCCCGUGGCGUACCGGAGCAUGAUGCGACUCGACGUCGUGCCACCAGCGCGCGACGAAUACGACCUCGUCGCCUAAGGGCUGCUUGCGCGUUGUCGUCUUGGGCCUUGUGCGUUGGUCGCGGAUGAUCUCCCGUGGCCGUCGGUUUGAAAUGUACUGUGUCAGAACGAACAGUUUGCAGAGGUGUUGAGAUAUGGACGUUCAAGGUUGUUUAUGCAGGAGGGCACAUGGAAAUAAGACAUAGGAAAGACUUAUCAUCAU